UGUAAAAUGUGUCAAAGUUAGUCUCUGUUCUGAUCAAAGGUUCUGCUACUCUGUGUAAAAUCAAGAAAUAAGAAAUUCUAAAAUCAAUUUCGUAAUUAAAGAUGAUUGGCUCAUCCCUUGUGGCUGGUUUGCGGGCGGCACGUACCCCUGUGGUGUUCACAAGGAACCUGGCGGCCGCUCCGAAGGCUGUAGACCCCAUCCAGCAACUUUUCUUGGACAAAAUCAGAGAGUACAAACAGAAGAGCUCAGGCGGCAAACUGGUCGAUCCAAGCCCUUCCAUCCAGAAGGAGCUGCAAACGGAACUGGAGAAGUUGGAGAAACAAUACGGUGGUGGUCCCGGAGUGGACAUGACUGCAUUCCCCUCAUUCAAAUUCGAUGAACCCAAAUUAGACCCCAUCAACGAGCAGGCACCCACAAACUGAAGAGUUAUAUUAGAAACAUAGUUAAUUUGUACAGUUACGUAAAAUAUGUCUAAUACUCGCAACCAUGUUCAGUGAUAUUGGUGAAUAAAUUGUUGUAUUGGGCA